ACGCCUGCUGCCUUUAGUGACAGUGGUUGUCAAGUGAUAGCUAACCGUUACCAAAGAGCGAUAUUUAGUUAAGUUUUUGCAAGUUUUUGUUUCAAUAUUCGUCUCACUAAACAGAUAGUAACAUGAUAUAUUAAUCGUUAAGACAUGACGCUUAACUUUCUUUUUUGUUGGCCAAGCAAAUGCUACAGUAGAUAGUGAACUAGUACUUAGCUAGCAAACCUUUGCUUGACAUACCGAAUUGCCAGUUAGUAAACAAACAAUCGGAAGAAAACGCACUGAUCUGUUUCAAAAGUUGGUUGAGCACACAUUUGCUUUACAUUGUUUAUUUACAUUAUUAGUCUGCGACAAGUGCAAAGCGAAAUGGCAGAUGAUAACAGGCGUGGGGAGGACGAUGAACGGGGUCCUGGAGCAGCAUAUCAAAUGUUCGUAGUUAUGGAGGACUUGCUGGACAAAUUAAAGCUUCUGGAUUACGAGGAGGAAGUUCUGUCAAAGCACAACAUGAAACCUCUGUCCAGGCAUUACUUUGCAUCCAGUGCCUAUAUGCCAUCCAAUCCAGGGGAACAAUUCUUUAUGUUUACCAUCAUUGCUUCUUGGCUCAUCAACAAAGCAGGGAGACCCUUCGAGCAGCCUCAAGAGUAUGAUGACCCUAACGCCACCGUGGCCAACAUUCUCUCACAUUUGAGAGCUUUUGGAGGACUGGUAGACUUUCCUCCUUCCAAACUAAAAGCUGGCUCAGGAGAACACGUUUGCUAUGUGCUGGAUCGUCUAGCAGAAGAAGCUCUGAAGAAGACAGGGUUUACAUGGAGAAGACCAAACUACCCUACAGAGGAGAUGGAGGAUGAAUCUGUGAUGGAGGAUGAUGCAGAGCUGACUCUGAGUAAAGUGGAGGACAACAUGACAGGGGAACCAGAUGAUGAUGAUGAGGAGGAGAACAUUAUGGAUUUGGAAGCACUGAAAUCAAGAACCAAUCAAAGUGAGGCCAGCUUGUCUUCAAAGCCAGACAACAUCCUGGAAUCCAACACAGAUGCUACUGAGUGGAAUCUAGAGGUGGAACGGGUUCUCCCACAGCUGAAGGUCACAAUCAGAACCGACAACAAGGACUGGAGGAUCCACGUGGACCAAAUGCAUCAGCACAAAGACGGAAUCAAGUCAUCUCUUAAAGAGGCCAAGGGCUACCUAGACAAGCUGCAGGAGGAGAUCGGUAAGACCCUGGAGAAGGUGGGCAGCAGGGAGAAGUACAUCAACAACCAGUUGGAACACCUGAUCCAGGAGUACCGCAGCACCCAGGCCAAACUCAGUGAGGCAAAGGAGCUCUAUCAGCAGGGAAGUGGUGGAGUUACGGAGCGGACUAGAGUUCUGGCUGAGAUCACAGAGGAGCUGGAGAAGGUGAAGCAAGAGAUGGAGGAAAAGGGCAGCAGCAUGUCUGACGGAGCACCGGUGGUGAGAAUCAAGCAGAGUCUGACCAAGCUCAAGCAGGAGAUCGUUCAGAUGGACAUUCGUAUAGGAGUGGUGGAGCACACACUGCUGCAGGCCAAGCUAAAGGAGAAGUCCAAAAUGACCCGAGAAAUGCAUGCCACCAACAUCCCAGAGCCUGCUGUUGGUGUGUACUGAGGUCCGCACAGUGCGUUGUCAUCAUCCACCUACUGCACAGGAUGGACCGGUGCAAUACUGGGCAAUACUUUUCUUACAUGACUGUCAUAUGGCUUUUCAUAUCGGAUUUUAUUGCAUUCUAAGGCCUUGUGGAUAUGGCUCAAUUCAUUUUGCACUGAAUAUUUACAUUAAACUGUCGGCAAACAA